AUGCUCCACGACGCCGAGACAGAGGCGCAACAGGCCGAUGAAAGGGGGGCGACCGGCGCCCGCCGGGAGGUCGCGGCGAAGAACUUGGCGCCGCUCUUCCUCGACAGACUAGACCGACAAAGCAAGGUGCCCCCGAGCGAGCUGCGCAACUGCGACACCGCCGCAAAAAAGGCAGAGAAGAUCCUCGCGCGGGCGUCGACGCGUCAACACGCUCGCGCGCGACGUUUGGAGCCGAGACGCAAGAGAAUCAAGGGUGGAAGGGACGGGGGGGGGCGGGGUACACUCCUCGGCUGUCGGCGCGCGUACAAGAGCAGUGUUCAGAGUUUGUCUGCGCGGGCGAGGCGGCACGAGGGCGAAGCGGCGUGCACGCGGAUGCGUCCUCGUCCUCUUGUUGUCCUGUCUGCAGGUGCGGGGAUUGCACGCGGUGCUCCCGAUAUUAGCCGCGGUGAUAGGAGCGACGAAGGCACUUGGCGCCUACAUGCUCGGCAAGUUCCUGUGGGACGACGGGCAGAACGCUGCGCGCGCCCGAAAGCUCGUCUUGCAGAGGCGGAAAGCGCUUCGCGACGCGUGAGCCGCGGGAACGCGGCGAGUCCACCGACGGCGACCGCGAGACAGUCUGCAAGCCCUAGCGCUUCAUUUUCGCAGAUCCGAGGGCCGCAGGCGAGCCGGGCGGCGGCGACGCGUCUGAGGAAGACAACGGGCUCCGCCAGCUCCUCCGGAUGCUGGUGCACCAGGCACUGCACGGCAAUCAGGCAAAAAAACCUGCCGAAAAAGCGACGGUCCUCUAGAGCGCCUCGCGAAAAGAAAGACCGACCGUGCGCGCGCUGCGAGGAUCCAGAGACGAAGGAAGCGCGUGCCGCGCGAGCGGAGCGGGGCUUUAGAAAGCCGCGGCAGACUUCGGCUGCCUGUCUGCGAUGCCCGUCUCGUGGAAGACGCGCCGCAGCUGAGAGGCGAGAAAGUAGCGAAAAGCAGAGCAGAGGCCUGGAGGAGGAUCGCGCAGGGAGGUCGCGCGAGGCCUUCGGCGCCAAGUUGACGCAGCAGGAACGCAUCGUCGAAAAGGCGAGCGGGAAGGAGGCCGUCGUACCUGCUGUCCAGCGAGUCCAAGAAGAAACAAAUGACGUGUGUUCUGAUUUCAGGCGGGCAUGCUUCGGGCGCAGACAUCUGCACACGGCUGGAUGCGUGUGCGUUUUUCUAAAGGCUCGCGGGAUCUGUCAUCUGACUCCCGCGCUGCCUGCGGACGAGGAGAUCUGA